UUCCAGUCUGUGCGCCUCCGUUCUACCGAGCUGGCUCUCGAAGCAUUUCCCCGGAGGAGCUUGACCGAACUCUUGACGCUGGAUACAUCACUGUUGUUGAUACGGUCCAAUUCUUCUGCUCCAAGCUUGCUAAACCAUUCUACGCUUGGAACUUGCGAAGACGGAAUUGAGCUUCUCGCGCACGCGACCUCGCUCGGACACAUGAAGUAGAGCUUUAAAUUGCAUGUAUACUAAGCACCGGCCGCCUGCGGGCGCCGGCAGCUUUCUAGGAGCCCUGGUGGCUUGAAGCGCGCGGGGAGAAGCAGCUCGCGGAUUUUCACAGGACUUCGCGGACUUUCGACCCGUACAUAGCACCCGUGGCAUAGAAACAUGUCGCUCUUCAAAGCUCGCGACUGGUGGCAAACGCAGUGCGGACAUGGCGAGGAGUUCGACAUGGGCUGCCUGCUGGUGGCAAACAUAGACAACGACUCGUCGGGGCAGGUCAAGAUCCUGACGGGCUCCUUCUCCGGCUUCCUGCGCGUGUACCUGCCCCGCGACCGCGGCUACAAGCCCGAGGACCUGUUGCUGGAGACGGAGCUGGAGGGGGGGCCCGUGUUGGCGCUUGCGGCCGGCAGGUUCACAGGCUCCGGCGGUCUGCAGCUGGCUGUGCUGCACCCGCGCAAGCUGUCCGUGUACGGCGUGGCGGCGCAGGGCGGCGGCGCCUACCUGCAGCUCAGCCGCCUGUACGAGCACGGGCUGGAGCACACCGCGGCCAACAUGACGUACGGCCCCUUCGGGGGGGUGCAGGUCCUGGCUCCCCACCUGCUGUCUACCUCGCUACCCUUCUCUGUACCAAUCCUUGCAACCCAACCCCCUGAUCCCGUCCCCGACGGCUGUGACUACGUGUGUGUCCAGUCGUACGACGGCCAGGUGUCGUUCUUCGAGGCGGAGGGCGUGGCGUUCAGUAGGUACCUUCCCAGCUUCCUGGUCCCCGGCCCGCUUGCCUACGUGGAGGCCAGUGACUCGUUCGUCACCUGCACAGCCGCCCUGGAGCUGGAGGCGUACAAGUACAAGGUCAUCGCGGCCGCUAGCAGCGAGAAGGCGCCGGCCAAGGAGGUGGGCAGUCCGCAGCAUCGCGGUGCCGGCUCCAGCCCCGCCGGCUCCGGCACGUCGGGCGGGUCCAAGCGAGUGCAGGCCGACUGGAAGGUGGUGUUGGGCGAGGCGGCCAUUGACAUCCGCGUGGGCCGCUUCAGCCAGGGACUGGGACCUCACCAGGCGGACAUUGUUGUGCUGGGCGAACACAACUUGUUCGUACUGUCCAGCUACAGCGGCCAGAUCACGUUCCAGAAGCGCCUCGAGUACCACCCCGCCUGCUGCACCACAUACCCCGUGCCCGGAGCCAAGACGCCGGGCGGAGCGGAGAACCUGCUCGUGGCCACACACACCAAGGCGCUGCUGGUGUACCGCACCACCGUACUCAGCUGGGCGGCCAAGCACGACUUGCAGCCGGUGGCGGUGGCGGUGGCGGACCUGCCAGCCAUGCGCGGUGCCAUUGUGGCGCUGGACGACACGGGAGGCCUGUCGGUGGGCUACCUGGGCACAGACCCGCUGCUCAACCCGGUGGGAUUCACAGAGGGCAAGGAGCUGGAUUAUGAGGCCAUGGCCCGCGAGCACCGCGCACUGGCGCAGGUGAUCCGGGAGCACGGCGGCGGCGGCGGCGGCGUGCGGCGCAUUGAGCCAAUGGACCGACUUAUCAUGCGGGCACAGGUUCCUCAGCGCCUGGACGCGCCUCGCGGCGGCUCCCUGCCUGGCGAGGACGGACUGGACGACCUGAGCAGUCUGGCGGGCGUCACGGGCGGCAAGAGGCUGACGGUGCGGCUGUACCUGGCGCUGCAGGGCGCCCACAGCUGCGACCACCUCACCCUCUCCGUGUCUGCGCCCGAGCCCGUCACCCCGGCCGUGCCGGAGAUCUACGUCCCCUCCGUGUCCACCAACCCCACCGACCCCACCCUGGUGCUGCUCACCUUCGCGCCCGGCGCCGGCCUGCCCACCAGCAGCACCGCCCUGGUGGUCGCCACCUACACCACACCCAACGGCGAGCCGCGCUCCCAGCGGCUGGAGAUCGCGCUGCCGCUGUGCGCCUUUUGCACCGUGGUGCCGCCCGUCAAGAACGCGGAGUUCAAGGUCACGCUCACCACCAACCGCCCGCCGCCGCCCCUGGGGUCGCUGUUCGAGGACGCACUGGCGGCGGCGUCGCCCGGUGUGACGCAGGCGCUGUCCAGCGGCGGCGCGGGCGCGGGCCUUGGCCUGAGCAGUAUGGGCGGCAGUAACAGCGCCGGGGCGGGGGCUGGCAGCACAGCCAGCGUGCUGACCUUCCAGUUCUACGGCGGACUGGGCGACGUAACCAUCCUGGUGUCCAAGGCGGGCGGGCGCUACCGCAUCCAGUCAGACGUGCUGGAGGGCAUGUGGCUGGUGUGCAGGGAGCUGGCCUCCCGCCUGUCGCGCUACUUUGGUGAGGCCGAGGCGGGCCUGGCGCCGCCGGCCGAGGGCCCCUUCGCCGUCAGCUACGAGGACGCCCUGCCGCUGGACGACUUCUUCGAGGUGGUGGAGCAGCACUUCGCGGCCCGGCUGCGGGUGUCUGACCUGUCCACCCGCCUGGAGAACAACGCAGUGCAGUUCCGGAACAUUGAGAAGAGGCUGCUCAUGAGGUUCAAGGACAAGAACCCGGCCCCGCUCAACCAGCUGGACUCGCUGAUGAACGAGACGUACGGCGGGCUGAUGGAGCUGGGCAGCGACAUGGAGGCGGCGCAGGCGGCGGUGGCCUCCGCGUCCCGGCGGCUGUCGGGCUGCGUGCAGCUGCUGCUGCUGCUGGUGCGCUGGCGCUUCGGGCUGUCGGAGCCGGAGGCGGCGGUCAUGCGCGGCUGCAUCCCACCCGAGGUGAUUGACGGCAGCGAGGUGGGGUGGGAGGAGACCACGGAGGCGGCCAUGACGCACCUGCUGCGGACCUGCCUGGCCAAGAACGCAAAGGAGCAGGCGGUGCAGGUGGCGCCGCUGGCCCCCGUCAAGAACACGGAGCGGCUGCGCAAGCACGUGUCGCUGGUGCUGGAGCGCCUGGCGCGGGGCAUGAGGCUCAUGAGCCCCGCAGACAUUGCGGCAGCCGCGGCGGCGGCGGCAGGAGGAGGUGGCGGUGGUGGUGGUGGAGGCGGAGGUGGUGGAGGCAGGUCGCUGUAUCGAGACGCACCCAACGUGCCCGCGGCAGCGGGAGCGGGGCUAGCGGGUAUGGGUAUGGGUGUGGGUGUGGGUGCGGGAGGGGAGGUGGGUGGGUUUGGCGGCGGCCCGUCGUGGCCGGGUCUGGUGGCGGUGGCGGAGGAGGACGACGGCGCGUCGAUGGCAGGGCAGCCGGACGCGGCGGGCGGGAUGGGCGGGUUGGGCGGGUUGGGCGGGAUGGGCGAUGGCGGCGGCGGGGAUGAUGGCUUGGGCGCCGGUUACGAUGGCGGUUACGAGGCCGGGGCGUACGACGGCAAUGGCGUUGGAGCCGGUUACGAUCGGAUGACGGUUAUGAAUGGCGAGGACGGCGGCGGCGGGAUGGGCAUGGGCAUGGGGAUGGGCGGCGGGGGAGGAGGGGGCGGAGGCGGCGGGUUCUGGUCGAUGGAUGGCGAGGGAGGCGGCAGCGGCGGCGGUGCCGGGUACUAGUGACGAGUACGUAUGAUCCCAGUAUCAGUUGCCCCCUGUGGUGAUAUGUGUGUGCGUGGAGGCUUGUGAGAAGGGGCCGAAUUGGUUGAGGGAAGUGUUUGAGGAGGCAAACGGUGCCAAGCAUGGCUGGCGCAAACGUCUCUCCACGCCGUCGAGAGGCCGGUUGGCGGGGCUUGUAUGCGUAUGCAGGUUGCAUGGAUGCGAUGGACGAAGAUUAACUAAGAUGCGAUGGGAGUAAGGUAAGGCGCACCCGUGAAGAUGUUCGCGCCUCACCUCGCUGACAUAAGGCAUGGGCCGAAGGGCGCAUGUGCUCCUGCGGGGCGACACGGUGACAAGCGCCAUGCGGCGCUAAGCGGCACUGAGGGGUGGUGUCUUGUGGCCGAUUAAUGUCUGGAGGCAUAAAGAUAGGAGGCCCCCAUGAGCCCUUGACUGUUGGGGCCUAAUUCAUUUGGCUCGGGCACAUGCCACCCCCCGCCCCCUCCCCCGCGCCCCCGCAAACACACACCGACACACGUGCACUGGAAGACUUGUUGCUACGAGGCCUCGCCCUGACGUCUCUACGUUACAGGCGCCACGGCUUGGGGUUGCCCGCACGGCAUGUUGGGAUGCUGGCUUGUUCCUUUUGGCGCGGGGAGCCAGGACGUCCGCUGCAUGAAAGGUCAGGACGUGGGUCAGGAUUGCGGUCGUCGGAGCAUGGGAGGUCACUGCGUCAUU